GUACUUCCUCAAGUCCUCAUCCCCCAUUCCUCCUCGCGGCUCAUAGAAACCUCAAAACCCAACCAGGACAGCGUCCACAGAAAGAAGAAAGAGCACAGAGAGUGGAGUAGUGGACAGACCAUGGAGCUCUGCGUCUCUACACCCCCAUCCUCCGUCCGCGCCACCGCCGCGCCCAUAUCCUUCGCCCCGCCCCGACGUGGCGCGUCUGCCUCCACCGCCGUUCCGCCCCACCGCCGCAUCCCAACUCGAGUCUGGCGCUGCGCCAGCGCGGCCGUGCCUGGCCCGGUGCCCUCCGAAGAGCCGGCAUCCGCCUCCUACGCCGUCGUCGUCACGGACAAGCCCGAUACGCCUGCCGACGACAAGGCCGAGGAGGUUAGCGCCGCGCCUAGUGGCUCCGCGGAGGCGCCUAUGGCAGAGCUGGUGCCGUCAGAGGCGUCAUCAUCCCCAGAUGAUGGCGGCCUGGAUGAGAUUCUAAGCAAGUUGAACAUUGAAGUGACUCCGACUUUAAUCCUCACUGGAUUUGGUGCUUUUAUUGCUUUAUGGAUCCUAUCUUCUGUUGUUGCUGCAGUUGAUUCAGUCCCCCUGCUCCCAAAAUUGCUGGAAUUAAUAGGAACUGCUUACACAAUUUGGUUCAUCGCACGGUAUCUCCUUUUCAAGGAAAGCAGAGAUGAACUGUUUGCAAAGUUCGAAGAUCUCAAACAGAGGAUUAUUUGAUCUAUCGUCGACCUUUUGCCACGUGUUUAGGCUUUACAGCCAGCUUAUUAUUAGGUUUUCUCCCUUUCGUUUGAAAUAUUUCUGAAUGGGUAAAGAAGGUCAUGUAUCUAAAUUGUCUCCUCAUGGGGUCUGUUAAUUGUUAUCAGACCCCAAGUUCGGCUAGUGCGCUUCUUCAGGUCAAUAUGGAUUUUUUUUUUACUCAAUCCUAUGUGUAUACUGUCGAGUAAAGCUUUAAAAAGGUGAAUACGGUUAGUA